AUGCUUUCCUUCUCGGUGCUGCUGCAUGGCCUUGCUGGCCUGGCAGCAGCAGGAUCCAUCCAUCAGCGCACCUCCAAAGCCCUGACAGCGGGCAGUUUCCUGAAGCCCGUGGAGUUCGAACACACGCUGCGGGUGUGCAAUGCGUAUCCUGGUGACGAGCAGUUUCACGUGGAGAUGGGUGGUGACAGCAUCAUGACAGGUUCGCCCGUGGCCUACAAGGAGUGCCAGCAGAUGAACCUGACGAAGCCGCUGAUGCCUGGAGAUCGAUUGGACUUCCGCGCGGACAAGGUGCCAGCAGCUUCCUUCACCGUCUACUCCCUGCCAAAGUACAAUGCGGUCAUGUAUGUCGUAGUCCAUCGCCAGGGUGCCUCAACCGACGCCGUGUCUUUCCAGUCGCACAUGUUCGCCACCGCGAAGAACGCCCAGGUGGCGGUUCUGGACACCUACACGGGUGAAGCCAAAGCAGCGCUGCUCUUGGCCAAUUCUACAGGACAGUGGGAGGGCACCGUUCUCCCCUUUGGCACGGCGUUCGGCGUCCCUGACGGCACCUACCAGAUCAUUCUCAGCGAUGGCAGCGCGGAGUCAAAGAUCCGCGCUCCCUUCACCGCCGUCAAGGGCGAAAGUUAUAUUGUGCUGCGCACUGGUUUGACGGAGAACUCAGUGAACAAGUCCAGCACCUUGGUUUGCAGCCUAUGA